AUGCGUCGCCGGCAUUCCGCGUUUCCAACGUUCGCCUCUGAAGCGGCGAGGGAGGCGGCCUUGAGGGAAGCAUGGUGGAAUAAACCGAUCUCAGAAGACGUCAAGAAGUGGCUGAAGACAUGGGACACCCAAGACGAGCAACCAGCUGGGGAAGGGACGAAAGGGGAGGAACCAACUGAGGAGGGCCAAGCGACGCGGAAGAAUGGAGGGGAAUCCGCUGAAAAAGGGGGAAAUGAGGAAGCAUUGGGGAAGCUUCAGCUGCUGUGUCGAGCGGACAUGGUUCACUAUCUCGACGUGCGAGACGGCUGGGAUUUAGAGCAAUGCGAGUGCUGCUUCGACCGCGCCGUGAGCUACCGAGCGCAGCGGGCGCUCAACAUGAUGUCCCUCGAAGAUUUCCGAUUCCACCUGCACACCCAGUUGCCUCCCUCCGUCCCUGCGGCGGCGCCGAACCGGCAAUCCCGGGCCAUUCGCGAGUUCACGUCGCAGAUACCGAUAGAGGCGCUGGGUGGGAGAGGGGGCGCGCCGGCUAACAUUCAGUUUCAUUGGAAGUGCGAGAGGGCGCCGUUUGUUUGUGCGGAGGCGAUGCUGCUCGAGUGGAUGGCUGAGCCUCGUGUGGCCCUUGUGGCUGAGCUAAGGGCGGGCAGGCAGCAGGAGGACGACUCUUUCGCAUCCGUGCUGGUGCAGGUGCUGGGGGUGAAGGAGACUGUUGAUCUGCAGGAAGGGUUUGGGUUCUUUGUGCAGCAUGUGCUGUCAGGCGGGCUGGAGAAGGCGCAUGGAGAGGAGAAAAGGAGAGGAAAAGGGAGAGCAGGAGGGCAGGAUGCAAGAGGCAGGGGUAUGGGACAAAUGGGGCCUGCUGCGGAUAUAGGGAGGAUGGAAGACGGUAGGGUUGCUAGAGAGGUCGUGAUGUUUCCGCAGCUGGGGAGCCCUGAAGAGUCUUGGGAGCGGGGGAUCCGACUCAUGGCUGAAGCCAUGACGAGAGUGGUGGAGGGCAGAAGCGGCAUGGGGGAGGGAUCUGUGGCUGGAAUGGGCAUGGGGCGAGACGAGGGCAGCAGAAGGGGCAUGGGGGGGGGAACAGGCAGCAGAAGGCGCAUGGGGGGAGACAGGGGCAGCGGAAGGCGCAUGGGGGGAGACAGGGGCAGCGGAAGGCGCAUGGGGGGAGAUAGGGGCAGCGGAAGGGGCAUGGAGGAGGAAUUAUAUGGGAUGAUGGGCAGUGCGUGGGGAGGGGCGAGACGCGAAGAGGCUGAGGAUGGUGGGAGUGGAGGGGAAUGGGGGGGCGGUGGUGAGGGGAUGGUGGGUGAGGGGGCGGAAGGGAGAGAUGGUGAGGGUGGCAGGGAUGGGAAGGGUGAGAAGUGGAGGGAGCAUCUGAAGGGGCGUGUGUGGGAGAGAGUGCCGCAAGGAAGGGCAAGUUUUUUUUUGGAUGGGAACAAUGCAAACAAGACUCGGAUAGAGGAUGCAGCUAUUGAGAAGGCCAGAAAGAGGCUGAGACAGGAGGUGGGGGGUAGAGGGGGUAGAGACAGGGUGGCAAGAGUGAGGGGCGAGGGGGAAGGGGGAGUGGGGGGGGAAGGAGGAGGAGUGGCAGCUGCUACAGCUGAUUCAGCUGUUAAAACAACUACAACUGCUACAGCUGAUACAACCGCUACAGCUGCCACAGGUGAUAAAACCGCUAACGCUGGCACAAAUGCUACAGCUGCAGCAGCCACACCGAAUGUAGCAACCAAAGCCGGUGCAGCAGCUACACCUGUCAAUACAAACCCUGUGGUUGCUGCUUUCACAUAUCGAGCCGCUUGCAUCUUGCGGUGGGUUAGGAUCUACGGCUCUGAUUUCAUCCCGGGUAAACAGUGCUUCAAAAAGAACACACAGGGGAAGGUCCGGCCCAUGCGCCACCCGCUUCGGGACCUUCCGAGCCUGCUGGUCAGGCUCGGCGCCAUCCCCAAGCCUCUGGACCAAAGCAGCAUUCCCUUGGAGUGGGAGGAGUGGCCUCGGGGCGAUGAAGCUGCUGGGAAGCUUCCCAAUGACCCGAGUGAGAGAAGCUUUCGGCUGGGGAUAGUGAAGGAGAGCGGAUCGAGAGAGGAGGUUGGGGGGAAGCCAUCUAAGCAGGCGAAUCCAGGAGGAAGGCAGGGAGGGACAGCAAGGGCCAUGCGGGGGCGAGGAGGCAGGGGGGGUGGCAGGAGGGGUGGCAGGGGGGGUGGUAGCCGAGGGGUUGACCGAGGGGUUGACUGGGGUAGUGGAAGUGGGGUGGGGAGGGACACAGCACACGGAGACGACUCACCGAGCUUCGCAGAGGCGCUGGCAGCUUCAGUGGCUCCUCAAAACAAGAAAAUUCCCAUCGUGCGCUGCAGUGCAGAUGCCGAGUUUCUAGUGGAGUUUGCCGGGUAUAUGGUGCUGCCACCAUCCUGCUCCCACUGCUCCAAGUACAUCACCACCUUCACCUACUACCUCCCAGCCCUUACUCUUAUCGCCACCUUUGCCUAUCAACCGGCCAGCGCCCUUUUCAACCGCUUUGUAUCGGUCUUUCCCCCGCACUCCCCUGAGUUCAACGACCUCCUGGCUAGUCUGCGUAUGGAGCCCCUUCCCACGGACGUGCCUGCGCUGCUGAACCUGCAUGUGGUGAGGGAGCGAGCCGAGCAGCUACCGGUGUUCUUCCUGCUGCUUGUGGAACUCAGAUGGCCGAAAGCUGUGCUGCAGAUAGAGGAGUUGAAGGGGGUGGGGAGGGAUGAGGAGAGCGGAGAGGAGAGUGGAGAGGGGUGCGGAAGGGGGAGGAAGGCCACAGGGAAGAGAGGAGAGAAGAGCGGGAGGAGGGGAGGACAGAGAGAUGGUGGUGGGGAGUUGGUGGGUGAGUUUGGGGAGGUGUGGGAAGAGGUGCGGUCGUGGUGCCUGGCAGCAAUGGUGGCAUGGCCGGCGAGCCUGAGGCUGGUGGGGGCGGGGCUAGGGAACCCUUGUGAGGGGAGCAAGCACCUGGGUGAGGGAGAGACGAGAUGGGGUCCCAAGAUGUGGGAGAAGGCUGUGGAGAUGCGGUAUCAAGAGGAUCAGGAGAAGUGGGGAGGGGCUGGCGGUGGUAGUAGCUGGAGCAGCAGCGGGAACAGCAGUAGCAGUGGGGGUAGUUGGUGGGGUUGGAGUGGUAGUAAGGGGAAGGGCAAGAAAGAGGAGGAGGUGGCUUAUCUGAAGCCAUGGCCGGGGGGAGUGAAUCUGGUGGCAUGUCUGCGAGAGAUGCUGCUGGGGGAGCCCUGCUACCGCCCUGCCUCCCCUGCUGCUACAUCCACCCCGGCUGCUGGAAGCACAGGAACACUGCUGAACAGCACAGUUGCUGGUAAAUCAGCUCCUGAAGGCUCCGUUCGUCAGAGAAAAACCAGCGCAAAAGACUGUAGUUCUGCUCGUUUGGGAGGGGCUGUGUGUGGUGCUCUGGGGUGUGAAAUAGUGGAGGGCGGUGGUGUGAAGCUGCGGAGUUGCAGUGGGUGUGGCAAGGUGGCUUACUGCAGCAGGGAGUGCCAAAAGGCGCACUGGCCCUUCCAUAAGCUCACGUGCAAAUCCAAGGCCAGCAGCGUGGUGAGUGGCCAAGUCUUAGUUGUGCAAGGUCAACAGCCUUAA